AUGGAAGACAAGGAGUAUGAACUGAGAGGCGUACUGGCCGGACACACCAAAGGAGUAAGGUGCAUGUGUAUCAUUAAUAAUACCCAAUUGGACGAAUUCAAUGACUGCCAAAUCAGCUUUGAUUACAUAGUUAGUGCCGAUAUGACUGGGACAAUUAUGGUGUGGAAAAGGAACACUUGCGAGGAAAACACUAGUGGAGAAAAUUUCCCCCCCGAUGAUGAAAACCCAUACAACGAUGUAGAAACCUUUCCACUCCAUCUGAGUGAUAAUUACCAGCUUUACAAAAAAAUAGAAGUACACGAAAGAUUCGUCUACGCAAUGACACACAGUAAAUACGUAGGCAUAAGUGAGUUAAAAAAAAGCACAUAUAACGUGGAGGACCACUUAUAUGUAUACAGCGGAGGGAGUGACAAAGGUAUUUACCUCUUCAACCUAAAUGGGUACAUAGAAUUAAUGCUACAAGGACAUAAAAAUAGUGUCUCAAGUAUUGUUGAAUAUAACAAGCAUAUUUUACUAAGUGCCGACUGGAAUGGGGAAGUCAUCAUGUGGCAGAUCGUCCAACUUGGAGACGAGACUGUGGAUGGUAAAAACUGUGAAAAUCUCCCCCCCAGCAGCGGAAACGCUCAUAAAGAACAAAACACCCUCUGUGGUAACAAGUACACAUACAACAUAAUAAAAAUUUUAAGCAAUCAUAAAUAUGCCACAUAUGUUAAUUGCCUGAACGAAUUUAUUCUUACCAUUUCACAAAAUAAUAUAAUCAACGUGUGGAAUGGCGAAGGAGAAAAAACGGACGAAAUUAAAAAUAUACACAAUGACAGUGUGCGCGAUAUAGUAUUAUUUAAUGGGAAUAAAAAUGCCAUUACAUUUUCUAAUGAUGAAACUAUCAAUAUAUAUGACUCCAAUUUUAAUUUGUUAAAAAUGUACAGAGGUCACCAAGGCUUUAUCUUCUACGUGUGCGUAAAUGAAAAAGAACAAGUUAUGUACAGCUGUGGUGACGACAAGAGUAUUAAAGUGUGGUGCAUCAAAGACAUUUACGAGUUAAUGGAAAAGUAUGACAUAGACAAGGGAGCCAUCUUACAUAAACUUCCAUUAGUGAGCCACGGGAAGGACACUUCUUGCUUACAAACUAUUUACCUAACGGACACACUGUGGAGUGUCAAAGUGGUAAGCAAUGGGGACCUUGCCUGUGCAUGUAAUGAUAGCUACAUUAGGGUUUAUACUAAAAAGAGGAACCACAAAAUGAAGGAAGAUGCAAUGAAAGAGGUACUCGAAAUGUGCACUAAGCGAAGCAAGAAGGAAAAGCCAAAUGCAGAAAACCCAAAUUCUAUCGGUGGGGAAAAUAAUCCAGAAAAUAUAAUGCAUGUAGAAAAUAUAAAAAGUGUUGUAGGAAAGGAAGGAGAAGUUAAAAUUUUCAAAAAUAAAGAAAAAUAUGAAGCAUACAAAUAUGAGAACAGCGAAUGGGUACUCAUAGGCGAAGUAGUAGACGACAGCACAUCACAGAAAAAGUUUUACAUUGGAGAUAAUCUGUUCCAACAGGGCUACUAUAAUGAAGUUGUUUCAAUCGACACAGGUUAUGGAAACAUAAAACUACUUCCCUACAACGCAGGUGACAAUGUGCACGUUAUAGCGGAAAUGUUUUGCAAAAGAGAAGGCCUCUCCGCAAGCCAAAUAAAACCCAUCGUUGAUUUUAUUAACCAAAAUUAUGCGUCCAAAGGUGGAACAGGCGCCACAAACAGUUCUGUUCCUACUCAUAGUGGUAGUACCCCUUAUGGUGGGAAAAAAUUCAACACCGUUUUGAACGUUUUCACUGUGGAAAAAGCUGCCCUAGAUAAAAUUUUCCAAAAAAUACAAGAAUUUAACUCUCUCCAACCAAGUGAAGAAAAGCAGAAAAGUAAACUGUCAAAUGAACAGGUUAAUGCGCUAUCAAACAUUAUUAACCUGUACAAAAAGAAUAUAAAAAAUAUGUACAACUUCAACACUGCAGAUAUUAACCUUAUUAUGACACUUUUCAAUUGGUCUCCCACUCACAUAUUCCCCGUGAUUGACCUCUUUAGGGUUCUCGUUCUAAAUAAAAAUUGUGAUUUUCUAUACAACAAUAAGUACGCCUUCAAUGCCUUUAAGCUGGUUUACGAUUGUGUUUCUUAUUAUAUAACCAAUUCGUCCAUGUUGAAAGAAAAUGAGGAGAACAAACUGGAUUCUUUGCUUCUCUGUUGCCUUCGCUUUUAUUUGAAUAUGUUUAGCUUAUCCACCCCAAGAUUUUACAUGUACAAAAAGUUUAACUUCGUAGCGAAGCAGUUCGUAGAGCUGAAGUCCACCAAUUUUAACAUUAACUCAUUGUGUAUGAAAAUAUUUUUCAAUUAUGUUAUAACGCUCAACGAAAAUAACGAUCAAGCCAUGAGGAAAUCUGUGUUCGAAGUUUUGCACUCCAUUAAACACAAGAUAAAUGACAUCGAACUGCUCUACACCUUUGCUCUCUGCUUCCACACAUCCCACGAAAUGAAUACUAAAGAGACUAACGAAAUUUUGAAAAAGUAUGGCGCCAUUGAUUUUAUGAAGAACAAACUGGGUUCUCUCCUCCCGCACAAGAAUGAGCAGAAUGAGAAGGUGUUCAAAAACGUGGGCUCCAUUUUGGAGGACCUCUCGGCGUAG